ACAUGGUGGCUGUCCUUGGGGAGACCACAGGCUGCCUGGCCCUGCCCAACCUGCGAGACAAGAUGAAACACCACCCCGAAGGUUACCGCAUCCUCCAGGAACGACCUCGUAUCCGUCUCUCCACUCUGGACAUGGCCAGGCUGCGGGGGCUGCCGGACGGCACGCUGGGCCGAGAGUAUGUCCGCUUUUUGGAGGACAAUAAGGUUUCUCCGGACACCCGAAUGCCACCCAAGUUUGUUGAUGAUGAAGAGCUGGCGUACGUGAUCCAGCGGUACCGAGAAGUCCAUGACCUGAUGCAUACCCUCCUGGGCAUGCCCACCAACAUGCUAGGCGAGGUCGUGGUGAAGUGGUUCGAACGGGGACUUGGAGAAGGAAAUCAAACUCGAAACGUGGAAAUCAACACUGUCACCUCCUGUAUUGUUUGUUCCAGAAAGCUGCAGCUCCUGGCCACCGAGCUGGUGCCCUGGGCGAUUCGCAGCGGGCGCAACGCCAGCUGUGUCCUGAACGUCUACUACGAGCAGCGCUGGGAGCAGCCCGUGGAGUCCCUGCGAGAGGAGAUCGGCAUCUUCUCUCCGCCAGCCAUCCGAGCGUGA